AUGCUCCGGGUCUUCAGGGCUGAGGAGGAGGAGGAGGAGCUGGCCAGCAUGUCAAUGGACGACAUCUGGAACAUCAAGACUGUGAAGCAACAGCUGUACAAGUCACAUGGGUUCUCAACCUUCAGGCAGCAGCUCCUGCGCGAUGGUGGUAGUCUGGAGGAUGACGAGAAAGUCGAUGAGCCCUGUGACCUGCAGCUCAUCUUGCGUGGCUUUGCCGACUCGUCUGCAGAGAAGGCCCACAGGCUCAUCGUGGCCUCUGCAAGUGGCAACAUCUUCGAAGUCGAGGAGCUGUUGCAAUGCCUCCAAGAUCCAGACUUGGCAGACAAGUCUGGCCAGACACCUCUCGGCAUGGCAGGGCAAGGAGGUCACGAAGUCACCGUGCGUCUGCUUUUGGAGGCCGGUGCUGACAAGGACCUGCCUGAUGUCAAUGGCAUGACACCCCUCAUCGGUGCAUCCAGGGAAGGCCACGUAGAGACUGUCCGCUUGCUUCUGGAGGCUGGUGCUGAGAUGGACUUGGUCGACAAAGAUGGCGACACCGCACUCAUUUGCGCCGCCAGCAACGGCCACAUUGAGGUUGUGCGCUUGCUGCUGGAGUCUGGAGCAACGAAGGUCUUGGCGAACCGCUAUGGCCGCACAGCUCUCAUACAGGCAUCCAUCCAAGGCUAUGCAGAGACGGUCCGCUUCCUCUUGCAGGCAGGUGCUGGUAAGGACUUGGGUGACAACGAGGGCGACACGGCCCUCAUAUGUGCGUCGCUCGAAGACAACGCUGAGACGGUGAGCUUGCUGUUGGAGGCCCGUGCGGAUGCUGAUCUGGCCAACCAUGGUGGGGACACUGCUCUCAUCUGCGCCAGUGCCAAGGGCCAUGCAGAUGUCGUGCGUGCACUCUUGGAGGCCAAUGCCGACGCGGGCUUGGCAAACGACCAUGGUCGAACGGCUCUUCUGACCGCAUCAUCCCGAGGACAUGUGGAGAUCGUGCAGUUGCUCUUGGAUUUUGACGCCGCCAAGGACAUAGCUGACAAGGAGAGAGAGACCCCACUUAUCUGUGCAUCGGGCAGGGGCCAUGCGGAGAUCGUUCGUCUGCUGCUCGAAGCGAAUGCCAACCAUCAUUUGGCAAAACACAACGGCCGGACGGCUUUGAUACAGGCAUCCCUGAAUGGUCUCGCAGGCUAUGUGGAGAGCGUGCGUUAUUUGUUGGCAGCCGGUGCCGACAAGGACUUGGCUGACAAUGAUGGCGACACCGCCCUUAUCUGUGCAUGUGGCAAAGGCCAUGCUGACACAGUUCGCUUGUUGUUGGAGGCGGGUGCUCACAAGGACUGGGCCAACUACGCGAGCGACACCGCUCUUAUCUGUGCAUCUAAUGAAGGCCAUGCGGAGACGGUGCGUUUGCUGCUGGAGGCUGGUGCUGACAGAGACCUGGCCGACACUGACGGCGACACAGCCCUAAUCUGCGCGUCCAGCAAAGGCCAUGGGCAGAUCGUGCGCUUGCUGUUAGAGGCUGGUGCGGACAAAGACUUGGCAAAUGACACUGGCCAGACAGCGCUGAUGCACGCCACUCUGCGAGGCUAUGUGGAGACUGCCCGUAUGCUUUUGGAGUCUGGUGCUGACAAGGACCUGGCUGACAAUGAUGGUGACACUGCUCUGAUAUGCGCAUCUGGCAAGGGUGACGUAGAAGUUGUACGCUUGUUGUUAGAAGCCGGUGCUGACAAGGACAGGGUGAACAGCAAUGGUGACACAGCCCUCAUCUGCGCGUCGAACGAAGGGCACGAGGCGACGGUGAAGUUGCUCUUGGAGUCUGGUGCCGCCAAGGGUGCAAUGGACAAUGACGGCGACACUGCGCUGAUCUGUGCGGCCGGGAAAGGCCAUGCGGACAUCGUGCGGCUGCUGAUUGAAUCUGGCGCCCAGCCAAACUUGGCAAACGGCAAGGGGCGCACAGCCCUCAUCCAGGCAUGCCUCCGCGGGACCGUGGAGACUGUGAACUUAGUCCUGGAAGCAAGCACCGACAAGAACCUGGCGCAAAAUGGCUGGCAAGCUCUCAUCAACAAAUCUCUUCGAGGCUAUACCGAAGUGGUUCAUUUGUUGCUGGAGGGUGGUGCUGACACAGACUUGGCUGACAAUCGUGGUGACACAGCCCUUAUAUGUGCUUGUGGCAAAGGACACGUUGAGAUUGCACGUUUGUUACUGGAGGCCGGUGCUGACAAGGACUGGGCAAACUACGACAGUGACACGGCGCUGCUUUGUGCAUCCAAUGAAGGAUAUGUGGAGAUUGUCCGCUUGCUCCUGGAAGCUGGUGCGAGCAAGGACCUGGCAGACAAUGAUGGCGACACUGCCCUGAUUUGUGCGGCCAGCAAAGGCCAUGAGGAGGUUGUCCGCUUGCUCCUGGCAGCCGGUGCACACAAGGAUCUGGCAAAUGACACGGGCCGCACGGCACUGAUGCAAGCGUCCCUUCAGGGAUGGAGGAAGACGGUGUCUUUGCUGCUGGAGGCCGGUGCUGACAAGGACCUGGCGGACAACGAAGGCGAGACGGCGCUGGCUUGCGCAGCCAAAGAAGGCCAUUUGCGAAUUGAACGGCUGCUCCGCGCUCACAACAACCACCUGUGA